GCGGGGUGAGCCUGAAGGGGCGGAGUCCGCAGGAGGCGUGACCUGGCCUGACCACCUCUGCCGAGUCCAAUCGCCUUGGUCGCCCGCAGCCUGCAGCCGGCCGCCCUGCUCUGUUCUCGCCAGCAUGUCCUUCGUCCCGGUGGCCGAGGAUUCUGACUUCCCCAUCCACAAUUUGCCUUACGGCGUCUUCUCCACCAAAGGCAACCCAAGACCGAGGAUUGGCGUAGCCAUUGGUGACCAGAUCCUGGACCUCAGUGUCAUUAAGCACCUCUUCACUGGGCCUGUCCUCUCCAAACAUCAGGAUGUCUUUGAUCAGCCAACUCUCAACAGCUUCAUGGGCCUGGGUCAGGCUGCCUGGAAGGAGGCGAGAGCAUUCUUACAGAACCUGCUAUCAGCCAGCCAAGCCAGGCUCAGAGAUGACACAGAGCUUCGGAAGCGCGCGUUCACCUCCCAGGAUUCCGCCACGAUGCAUCUUCCCGCCACCAUAGGCGACUACACGGACUUCUAUUCCUCUCGGCAGCACGCCACAAACGUCGGAAUCAUGUUCCGGGGCAAAGAGAACCCGUUGAUGCCAAAUUGGCUGCACUUACCAGUGGGCUACCACGGCCGGGCUUCCUCCGUCAUGGUGUCAGGCACCCCAGUCCGCAGGCCCAUGGGACAGAUGAGACCCGAUGACUCGAAGCCUCCUGUUUAUGGUGCCUGCAAGCUCUUGGACUUCGAGUUGGAGAUGGCUUUCUUUGUAGGCCCUGGGAACAAACUGGGAGAGCCGAUCCCCAUUUCCAAGGCGCACGAGCACAUUUUUGGAAUGGUCCUUAUGAACGACUGGAGUGCUCGAGACAUUCAGAAGUGGGAGUACGUCCCUCUUGGGCCAUUCCUCGGGAAGAGUUUUGGAACCACCAUCUCUCCGUGGGUGGUGCCCAUGGACGCCCUCAUGCCCUUUGCCGGGCCCAACCUGGAGCAGGACCCCAAGCCCCUGCCGUAUCUCUGCCAUGACCAGCCCUACACGUUUGACAUCAAACUCUCUGUCGCCCUGAAAGGAGAAGGAAUGAGCCAGGCAGCUACCAUAUGCAGGUCCAAUUUUAAGUACAUGCACUGGACGAUGCUGCAGCAGCUCACUCACCACUCUGUCAAUGGCUGCAACUUGCGGCCGGGGGACCUGUUGGCUUCUGGAACCAUCAGCGGGCCGGAGCCAGAAAGCUUUGGCUCCCUGCUGGAGCUGUCGUGGAGGGGAACGAGGGCCGUGGAGCUGGGGAGCGGCCAGACCAGGAAGUUUCUGCUGGACGGGGAUGAAGUCAUCAUGACAGGGCACUGCCAGGGGGACGGUUACCGCGUCGGCUUCGGCCAGUGCGCAGGAAAAGUGCUGCCCGCUCUCUCGCCAGCGUGAGGUUCUCUGCUGGCCCGGAAACAACAGGCUUGAGCGCCAAGCCCUCCACCUCCUUGGGGACACCGGGGCCCCCUCUGUGGCUGUAGCCUGGUUCUUCAUUCAGUAAUAAAGCCAUCGUGCUCCGUCUCCACGCUCUGAGCGCA